AUGGCGGCGGCAAGGAGCGAGGCGGCUCCGUUGGCUCUGGGAGCCAGGGAAGGUUCAGUAGUUAAUUGGUCAGGCCAGGGGUUGCAAAAGUUGGAUCCAACAUUACCCUGUGAUGCUGACAUUCAUACUCUAAUUCUGGAUAAAAACCAAAUAAUUAAACUGGAACACCUGGAGAAAUGCAGGAACUUAAUGCAGCUGUCAGUAGCCAACAAUCGACUUGUAAGGAUGAUGGGUGUGGCAAAACUGACUCAGCUCCGGGUACUAAACUUGCCUCACAACAGUAUUGGUUAUGUGGAGGGGCUGAAGGAUCUGGUGCACUUGGAAUGGCUAAACCUGGCAGGAAAUAACCUUAAGACCAUAGAUCAGAUCAAUAGCUGCUCAUCUCUUCAACAUCUUGAUUUGUCAGACAACAAUAUACCUCAAAUAGGAGAUCUCUCCAAGCUUUUGUCUCUAAAGACUCUGCUGCUGCAUGGAAAUAUUAUAACCUCACUUCGUAUGGCACCUGUUUGCCUACCUCAAAGUCUGACUAUUCUCUCUUUGGCAGAAAAUGAAAUCAGAGACUUAAAUGAGAUUUCUUUCUUGGCUUCCUUUCCUGAGUUGGAGCAGUUGUCAAUCAUGAAUAACCCUUGUGUGAUGGCCACACCUUCUAUUCCUGGAUUUGACUAUCGGCCAUAUAUUGUCAGCUGGUGUCUGAAUCUUAAAGUUCUGGAUGGAUAUGUGAUUUCUCAGAAAGAGAGUUUGAAAGCAGAAUGGCUUUACAGUCAAGGUAAAGGACGAUCAUAUCGACCUGGCCAGCAUGUUCAGUUAGUCCAGUAUCUGGCCACUGUUUGUCCUCUUACCUCUACAUUUGGUCUCCAGACUGAAGAGGAUGCCAAACUGGAAAAAAUACUGAGUAAGCAGAGGCUCCACCAGAAGCAGUUGAUGUACCAAAGCCAAAAUGAAGGGCCGCCUACAUCCUCUACUCCCAACAAAGUGGUGCCUGCUACAUAUGAACACAACAGUCCAACCCAAGGGCCCCAGAUAAUUCUUGAAAGUGAACCUGUUAUCCAAAGGAAUUCUUGGGUUGGGCCAGGCUCCAGUGAUGACCAUUCCUAUGCAGUUAAGAAUGUCUUUCCAGCUUCAGUGCAAGCUGAAAGAAGCUGUCGCAAGGAGCUGUACCUGGAGGACAUACAGACUGACGAGGACAAAUUGAACUGCAGCCUUCUGUCCUCAGAGUCUACUUUUAUGCCAGUUGCUUCAGGACUGUCUCCAGUAUCUCCCACUACAGAAUUAAGGCUACAUGGAAUCAAUUUGAACCUAGAAGAUGAUGAUAAUACGGUGAUUGUAUUUGUGAAAGAGGUCAAUAAAGUUGAGGAUGAUAACAAGCAGGAAAAGACUUCUUGGAUUACAAAAGAGUGUUCCAUCAAAGCAGCAGAAACUGUGGAAACUCAAGAGAAAGAUAAUGAGGAUGGAAUAUUGACUUCCCCUAGUCCAGCAACAGUCACUGCUAACCCAACUGCUAGUAUUAAUGACUGUUUAGCAUCUUCUGUUGACCAAGUUCUGUGCAGCCACCUCAAGCCACCAUUAACGGAUGAUGAACCAUUAAUUAAAAAUCUUUAUAUUGACCAAACUAUAGAGAGAAAUUCUACUGAUGCAUCAGCUGCUGUUGACCAACAUGCUGAACUUCAAAGAAUGAACAAAGCGGCCACCAAGCUUCAGGCCUGCUGGAGGGGAUUCCACACCAGAAACUACCAUUCCAGAGCCAAGGAAGUGCGUUAUGAAAUUCGGCUAAGCAGAAUGCAAGAGCAUAUUGUUUUCUUAACUGAUGAAAUAAGAAAAUUAAAAAAAGAAAGAGAAGAAGAGAGGAUUCAAAAACUUGUACAAGAGGAGGCUGUCAGAUACCUUUGGAACCAGGUUAGAUCCCUUCAGCAGUGGCAACUUUCAGUGAACCAAAACCUUAGUACUUGGCAGCAUGGUGUUUCUGCAUCAAGUACUUUGUGUCCAUCCAAACUAUCUGUCCAGUCAUCCGGGCUCAAUCAAGAAACCUCUCCUGUUGGUAGUUCUACCUGGUUGGUUUCAGCUACUGAAGAUCUUCAUGAGAAAACUUUACCUGAGUUCCCAGACUCUGGCUUUCACUCCUCCAUAACUGACCAAACUCAUGUUAAUGACUCUCAUGGCUCUGAAAAGAGUUCCACAGAAGGAAGUGAGAGCUCUCUGAUUGGGAAUUCUAUAGAAACAGUCAAACAGUGUGGCGAUUCUGUCUCAGAAUGUAUUUCAGAUACAGAGGAUGUCCAGGCAGACCAUGAGGAAUGGAGUAAAGAGAGCUCAAAUAGUGAGCAGGACAGUAGUCUUCUCCAACAAUACUUGAUGUCAGUUCAGCAGCUAGAAGAGGCUGAUGACCGGACAAGUUGCAGUGAUGGGACAGAAAGGAGUAGGCCACAGACAGCUGCAUCAGCAGAAAAACUGUAUUCUUUGUCUGAUGCUGUUUCUAUAAAUGUCUCUCAAGACGUACCUUCACCUGCACAAAAUGAAAUUAAUCAGACACCAGAAAGUUGCAAAUUGAAUUCAGGAGUAGUGGAAGGGAAGCAAACAGAAUGUGAUGCUUCAUUUCAGGUGCUGCCUGUUGGCAUAGCUGUGUAG